AUGUCACUACCACAAGAACAAUUACCUAUUAAUGAUGAUAGCAACCGCAACAACAUGAUACAUACAGAAUACAAAUUACAUCAAAUGAGAGCGAAUGAACAACGUCAUCAACAAUCUCAUCCACAACCUUCCAUGUGGUCCGGCGAAACCGGAGCCACAUUAAGCUCACCUCAUUUACCACAACAACGACAGCAGCAUUUGAUUGACUCAUCGCACAUCUACCACUUUCUGCCAGCGUCAUCGCCGGUACCAAUCAAAUUGGAACCGGUUGUUGACGUAUUCAUAAAACAAGAGGUGCAGGAAAACGAAAAUGAAAUCAAACCGAUCUUAAUCAACCCAAAACAGUUUAAUAGGAUCUUGAAGAGAAGAAUCGCAAGAGAAAAAUUUGAAAAGGCCCACAAUCUUUCGAAACAAAGAAAGCCAUACAUUCAUGAAUCUCGGCAUUUGCACGCCAUGCGUCGGCCCCGUGGGCCUGGUGGACGAUUUUUGACUGCAGAAAAAACUGCAGAAUUGGAAAGACAAGAAAGGAUUCGAAAAGAGUCAUUGGAUUCGGGAAAUAGUAAUGACAUUUCAGUUGCUUCUUCCGCAACAAACUCGCCAAAUUUAAACGAUGACGUUUAUUACACAAGCACUAAUCAUAAUAGUCAUUAUACACCAACAUCCAUGAUAGAAGCCAAUAAUUCAUUAAUCUCGGAAGAAGGAAAUCGAUCAAAUUUCGAAGAAGCAAUAGUGGGUAUAAAUGAAAUGAAUAAUAAUAAUAACACGACGACAUCUCAUUACAAUCCAAAUCGCAUCACGCGCACUGCCAGUUUAUGGUCAUCAUCGGAUAAUCGUCAAUCUCACUAA